AUGAUCGAUGAAGACUCAAUUUCGGUUGUUAUCACGGCGUUCAAGGAAGUCGAGAGCAACUCGACGCGAGACUGCGACGAAGGCGGCGCUAAAGUCCAUGGCAAAGGUCAGAAAUAUACCAUGUACACGGUCUUUGUGCGCAACGUCACGACCGGCGGCAAGUGCGUGGUCAGGAGACGAUAUUCGGACUUUUACAAGCUCCGCAAGGAGCUCAUGGAGCUCGUGUCCUGGGGCCACUGCGGCUUCUGCAACGACUACCUGCGGCAGAUUGCUGAGUACCCUUUUCCACGUCGACGACUCUUGCGCUCGAGUCGGGCUGCAGUCGUGAAGGAGCGCAUGGAUAGUCUCGGAUUGUUUCUUCGGCACAUUCUGCUGUGCAUCAUGGCACGCAGCUUUGAUAGCUGUUUGCAGGCGUCUGAGAACAUUGAGAGCUGCAUCUUGAAGUCGUUUCUACAGAUGGACUCGAUCGAGAGUUUAUUCCCGAGUAUGACGUCCAAGCAGCGUCCGAUUGAGAUAUUACGGGCGAUGGAAGAGAAGCGACAGCAGCAGAUUAAGGCGGCCGGGCUGCGGACCAAGACAUUGGCGUACACGACGCCGUCGGAUCGGACUGAACAGUCGACAUUGUCACGAACCCAGGAUCAGGUCGGAACGGACACGUGCCAUCUCUGUCUGCAGAAAUGGACGCACUGCUAUUGCAAUAGCGACCAGGACCGCGUGUACCCAGUCAGCGUUGCUGCAGUGCACGACAGCUUUGGGAAUGCGGCAAACAAGGGUCCGACUGGCUCGGUGAUUGACAGUGAUGGCAGUCGAUGUAGUCGGUGCGAGAACGACUGGAACCACUGCUUUUGUUCCCAGCAAGUGUCGCCCACGGCUUCGUCGGUAUGUACGGACACUGAGCUAUGA